AUGCUUUUAUAUUUAGUCAAAGUUAUUUUUUUAUAUGAGAAGAUUUUUUAUUAUCAUUUUGCCCAAAAACAGGUCGUGCCUCCUAAAGAAGGAGAGAUAUAUGCCUGGAGACAGUUUGAUGAAUGCACAAAGUUUGGGAGCAAUUUACCAUUGCUACUCAUUUCUAUUGAGUCUCAUCAUCUCUUAAUCGAAUAUGAUAGAAGACAUAUAAUCAGUAAUAUUUGCAUUCCUGCUAUUAAAGUAUGUAUUCCAUGUCUACUCCUGAAAGGCUUUAAAUUAUAUAUAGCGAGCAAGAAGUAUUAG